AUGAGACAAGAGUCCCAUCAAUUACAUAGGAGGUUAUCAUCACUUGAAAAUCCUGGGGAAGCUAUUGGUCUACAUAAAUAUGGGAAAUCUUCUGAAAAUCCCAGUCAAUCACCAUUUCUAGGGGCUGAGGAGAGAUUUGAGUCUUUCAGAAACCCAACAUCCCCAAAUUUAAGGGUCAACAGAAACGACAAUAGCCUACAUUCUCCCAAUCAAGUGAAACCAACAGUCUCAAUAAAGCCACAAACAUAUGUUGGGGGGGUGAUAGAGACAUCAGACAGUCCAUGGAGUUCUCCCAUAGUCCUUGUUAAGAAAAAGGAUGGGACAAUCCGGUUCUGUAUAGACUAUAGAAAGUUAAAUGAUGUCACUAUUAAGGAUAAUUAUCCCAUUCCAAGAAUUGAUACAACAUUAGAUGCCUUGUCAGGUUCAAAAUUGUUUUCUACCAUGGAUCUUAAGAAACAUAUUGACAAUUUAAGACAAGUUUUUGGGCGACUGAGGGAGGCUAAUCUAAAAAUGAACCCAAAGAAAUGUGUUCUCUUGCGAAAAGAAGUGCCCUUUAUGGGACAUAUUGUGAAUGAAAAUGGGAUAGCCACUGAUCCCUCAAAGAUUGACUUAGUCAACAAUUGA